UAGGAAUGGAAGGUUUUGACACGUGCAGCAGGUUAGUUCUCAGAUGAACGCGUGUGUCUUUCUCUUUGAAGCCGGCGACCUCCAUUUUAGAACAACUGCAGUCUCAAAACGCUUCUUCUAAAUUUGAACUUUUGAAGGUUUAAAAACAUGGAAAACCGGCAGGAAAAUACAAACAACGACCCGCGAGCGAAACUCUUUGUCGGCGGCCUGAAUCGUGAAACAACGAACGAAACUCUGCGAGAAUACUUCGAAGCGUAUGGGGAACUCACGGACGUUGUUGUUAUUUGCGACAGUGCAACCAAGAAAUCUCGAGGGUUCGGCUAUGUCACAUUUGCGGACUAUAAAGUUACACGGAAUGUUCUCAAAGAUAAAGUCGAAAAUGGCGCCCACAGAAUCGACGGCAAAGAAGUCGAAGUGAAGCGCGCCAUUCCGCGAGAUGAUAACUCGGCCACUUCGCACGAGAAAACUAAGAAAAUCUUCGUUGGCGGUCUACCAGAGGACGCGACUAAAGAGGAUAUCCAGGAAGCAAUCGAAUCUCUGUUGGAAGAAAAAGUCGACAAAGUUGAUUUGAUCAUGAAAAAAGAAGACGAAACAAAGCAUCGGGGCUUUGCCUUUGUGGAACUUAACAACGAAGACCAAGCGGAUGAACUGUGCUGUGUGAAAAAAAUCCACGUGAAAGGCAAAAUGGUUGAAGCCAAGAAAGCCACUCCCCGGGAUAGAAACAGUCCCGCAGAUGGAGGCCGUGGGGGUUAUGGUGGAAGGGGCAGAGGGGGGGGAGGGAGAGGCGGAUAUGGUGGUGGGGGAGGGUAUGGUGGCUAUGGGGGAUAUGACCAGUAUAGUGGUGGUGGCUAUGGUGGAUAUGGCGACAGCUACGGUAGCUAUGGUGGUGGUGGUGGAUAUGGUAGUAGUUAUGGAAGCUAUGAUGGAUAUGGUAGUAUGGGCAUGUACAACCAGUCCAGCUCUGGGUAUGGCAAGAGCUAUGGAGGUAUGAGUGGCGGUGGUAGUGGUGGACGAGGGCGUGGUGGAGGCAGAUACACUCCUUACUAAGGUGACUAAGCACAGGUCGAGGUAUAAGUCAGACCGACUAGGAUUCAACUAACUUAAACCUGCAGCAUCGUCAGCUAAGGCUAAAGGAACCAGUGAUGAAAUAAGACCAGCCGUAGGACCAAGCUAACAAUCAGCCAAGAAACUAGGACUGACACAAGCUUUUGGUUUCAUUGUUUUACUCUUCAUACACUGUAAAGAUUUUACCACAUUGAAUUCAUUUUUAUCUUGUUUGUAGAAUAGUCAUUGAGUAGGUUCAUAUUAAAGCUUGAUAGGAGUU